UGAAUGAAGAGAAAAAAGUAGAAUAGACAAGAUUUUCACUUUUCGUGAAAAUUGAAAGAAAAUUGAAAUUUUAAAUUGUAAAUAUACGAUAGAGAAAAAAUUUCAGAAAUAUUCAUUGCAAAUUCAAAGAUUAGCAACCACUUACAUUGGUCUGCGGGUGCUGUGCGAAACGAGCGGAGUCAGUGGCUGGUAUAGUGCGGAGAAAAAGAUCGAUUCUUUCAGUGCCUAGGCAGACAACAAAGGCGGUACAUUUUCCAAAGAUUCUGCUAACUAAUUGUAUUACUAUCUGGGAGUAGCAAUACCUCUGAUAAGAAGGUUUUUGAGUUGUUAGUUCUUGUAAUGGCUACAGGCGGGGGAGGUGCCGUUGGGCUAAGUGGGUGCGGCAGUGGUGGUAUCGGUGCAACAGCAGGCUCUAAUGCUAUAAAUUUGCAAGCGCUCCAAACAUUCCAUCAUCGCUGCGGACGCCGCAUAACACUUUCCAAUGGCAACCGCACUGCGGCGCGUUCUGUGCGUGAUUUUAGUCAUGCGCUGGUGUUUAGCGCCGAACCGCUGACAGACGAUGUACUCUUCGAAGUGGUAAUUGAGAAGAAGAACCAUUCUUGGGGCGGCAGUAUUGAGAUUGGUGUGACAUCCGAAUCACCAGAGAAACUAGAAUUGCCUUCCUGUGCUACGGCAAUGCGUAACGGCACCUGGGUAAUGUCCGGCAUUGAUGUGCGCAAAGAUGGCGUUUGUCUAAUUGAAUUCUAUGGCACUGAUUUGGAGACACUGGGCGAACGUGAUCGCGUUGGCGUAAUGCGCACUUCCAACAAUGAAUUAGUAUUUUAUGUUAAUGGCGAGCCACAAGGUGUUGCAGCGCGUAAUAUGCCCAAGACAUUGUGGGCAUUGGUUGAUUUGUACGGACGUUGUGUGCAAGUGUCACUCUGUCCCACGGAUGUGGGUGGUUCAGGGGAUUUCGCCGAAACAUCAGUCCAGCAAGCACAUCAAAUUGUGCAGAAUAUCGAUGUACCGAUGAGUGUGGAUGUGACGGUUGUUUCAACUGCAUCGCCGACGACAAACAACGCCUGCACAGCCAACAAUAAUAGCAGUGGCGGUGGUCUAGUUUCAAACAUUAGCACGAACGCAGAUAUUAAUGCCGCCCUUUCAAGUUUGGGCAGCGCAGGCGCCGCUGCGAUUUCCGCAAUUUCGCAAACUGGUUUGCAUAGCGCUCUACCGUUAUCUUCCUCAGCUGCGGCAGUGAUUGCGAAUAAUACGUCCACGUUGCAAAACGUGGGAGACUUUUAUGAUACGGAUAGAUUGCGUUUUCACACACGCUGCGGCUCUCUUGUGAAGCUUUCGCCGCAUUGUCGCAGCGCCGAACGUCGACGACCGUUAGAUGAGUUCAAUAAUGGUGUGGUGAUGACACAUCGGCCGUUGAAGGAUAAUGAGCUGUUUGAGAUACGCAUCGAUAAGUUGGUGGACAAAUGGUCCGGUUCCAUAGAAGUAGGUGUGACUACGCACAAUCCGUCGGUGCUGCACUUCCCAGCUACAAUGACGAAUAUGCGCAGCGGCACCAUAAUGAUGUCCGGCUGUGGAAUACUGACAAAUGGCAAGGGCACACGACGUCAGUACGGCGAAUUUAAUUUAGAUGAACUGCGUGAAGGCGAUCGUGUGGGUAUGAUGCGCAAGUCUAAUGGAAAUCUGCAUUACUAUAUAAAUGGCCAGGAUCAGGGUGUGGCCGCAACUCGUGUCGCCCAAACGCUCUGGGGUGUCAUAGAUCUCUACGGCAUGACCACCAAAGUGACGAUUGUGGAUCGCGAUGAGCGUGAACAACAAAAUUUAGUAACACGUCGCAAUAAUCUUAUCCUCACAGCCGCGUCAGGCUUAACUAGCGGCAAUAUGGCAAUCGAUAGCAUCGGUGCGACAAAUGCACUUAUCUCGGCGAAUUCGGCAACACCGACACCUGUAUUGAGUUUGCUUAGUCCCGAAGGCGAAGUCAAUUCAACAGUUGCUGCUGCAGCGGCCGCGUUGGGCGACUCAACGUUAUCUGGCACUAAUACGCAGCGUAAUGACGAUCGUCUAACCUUCCACCCGAUCUGUGGUUCGCAUGCUACGGUUACACAUAGUGGACGCACCGCGCUUAGACCAAAUGCAUCUGAUGACUUCAACAACGGAGUUGUGCUAACUCGUCGUCCUUUACGUCCAAAUGAACUGUUUCAAGUGCGGCUUGAACGUGUCGUUACCAAAUGGGCCGGCUCGGUAGAGAUGGGUGUGACUACGCACAGCGCUGAAGAGUUAGACUUUCCUUUUACCAUGACCAAUGUGCGCUCCGGCACUUGGAUGAUGACGGGCAAUGGUGUUAUGCAUAACGGCAUUACGGUCAUUGAGCAAUAUGGUCAGAAUCUUGAUCGUUUGCAGGUCGGCGAUCGUGUGGGUGUCGUGCGCAAAGAUGACGGCACGUUACAUUUCUGGGUAAAUGGCGUAGAUCAAGGACCGGCAGCGACCAAUGUGCCCGAACGCGUCUUUGGUGUUAUCGAUCUCUACGGUCAGGCGGCGCAGGCUAGCAUAAUAGACACAUCUGAAUGUGGCAGUCCGGAUACGGGAAAUUCAACCAUCUCCAAUACAACGCUCUACAGUGAGCCACCCUUGCGCUUCCAUAGCAUACACGGUAAAAAUGCUGGCAUCUCAAAUGGCGGUCUCACCGCCUCCCGUCCCAAUUCGCUGGCCGAAUUCAAUGAUGCCAUAGUCUUCAGUAAUCGUCCGUUACGUCAACGCGAACUCUUCGAGGUUGUACUCGAUAUUAUGGUGCGUCACUGGUCGGGCAACAUAGAGAUCGGCGUGACGGGUACACGUCCCGAGGAUAUACAACUCGCCGCCAAUGCAACCGACUUGGAUGCCAACGAUAUGAUAAUACUCUGUGGCUCGAUGAUCUUUCAUAAUCGUAAAACUAUACGCUCCAAUGUGCUCAUCGAUUUGGAUAGCUUGGGCGAGGAUACACGUGUCGGUGUAAUGCGUAAUGGUGAUUAUGUGCAUUUCUUCAUCGAUGGCGUCGAUCAGGGCCCAGCUUGUGAGUGUCGUAUGCCGAAUGUGUGGGCAGUAAUCGAUUUGUAUGGCCAGUGUGCGCAAGUGACGCUCACACAAUCGCAGCCAGACAUACGUGCGCCAUAUGCGACUAGUGAGAAUUCUCAAAGCUGUCAAGCAACUUCGGUUAUACAGCCGGCAACGUCGGAGUUGAAGCAUCGUUGGACCUGCAUAUCGGGCAAUGUGACUUUAUCGCAAAGCUGGACGGUGGCAUCACGUAUUACCGGCGCUUCGGCGGCACUCUCGCGCUGUGUGGUUUUCUCCGAGCAUCCGCUGAGUGUGGGUGCGCCAUUCGAAAUCAAAUUGAUCUCGCACAAUUCGUUAUUCGCAGGCUGUCUAAAUAUCGGUGUUACCGAUUUGAAUCUCUCCGACGACUAUGUGCGCAAGAAUAUACCGUUAAGUAUUAAACGCAUACCUGCCAAUGUCUGGUAUGUAUCCGGCAAUGAGGUGCGUCACAAUUCGACGCUGCUGCAGCGUUCCAUGGCUUCUUUGGAGUGGCUGCGGGUUGGUGAUCGUAUUGCGCUCGAGCUGACGCCAGCGCGCACUCUGCGCAUACUGCUGAACUCGGAGGACAUGAAUAUACACUUUCAGAAUGUGCCCAAUGAUGUCUACGUCGUUGUUGAACUGCAAGGCUCUACCAUGGCCGUGCAAGUGAUCUCUUCACAAGGUCCGACUUCACCGCUGCGUCCGUGUAGUUUACGCCUACAAGACUCGCUCGACUUUGGUGUUGAUCCGCUCAAUAAACAAGACUCGAUGCUGGAAUCAAUCGAUUCGGAGAUGCAAACUUAUGAGUUCUCCGAGCUGCAUGGCAAACAUGUGCGACUCUUGGAUGAACAUCGUUCGGCGAUGCGCGUACAGUCUUACAAUCAAGGCGUCGUAUUUGUGGGCAAACCGUUAUGCAAGGGCGAGAGCAUUAGUAUCAAAGUGGACGCAGUGAAUCCCAAAUGGAAGGGCACAAUAGGCGUCGGUGUGGUCGCAGCCUGCCCGCAACCCACAAGCGUGUCACAAUUGCCGAUCUCUAUUUUGCAUUGUAAGCGUCCGUGCUGGGUGGCCACCCACGAUUACAUCAAUAUAAACGGUCAAAAGAUAGCCUCGAAGUAUGGCGAAGCGCUGGAACAAAUACAGCCGGGUACAGUCAUCACCAUGACACUCUCGAAUGUCGGCAUGUUGGUAAUAAUGGUUGGUUCCAUUAAUUUGGAAGACUUGGCGGCCGGUUUACCCAAUCACGUCUAUCCCGUCUUCGAUCUCUACGGAAAAUGUGAGAAAAUUUCGCUCAUUACCAGCAACGAUGUAGGCCGCAAUAGUACGCCGAUUAUUGAAGAGGCCGCCGCGUUGGAAUACGAUAAUUUGCAGGAGCAGGAUGGCGGUGUGCCACAAUGUGAAAAGGCCGAUUUGGAGAUGCAUGAAAAGGAAACGGAACAGCUGUCGCAACAGCAGCAGCAGGCAAUGCAGACAAGCGGCGGCGCAGUAGGCGGUGUGGCUGCGGGCAGUGGUACCAGCAAUGCGGCAAUGAAUCGUUCGGUGAUGGAGAGCGUGUCGGAGAAUUUAUUGUUGAAUAUUUCGAUUAAAAAUCGUACACUGGAGCAAAAUCGUGCUGUGGAGUCGAAUGCAGCUAACACUUCGUGCUGUCUACGCGAGUCCUUACAACUGCAACACAAUACCAAUCUAAAUAUUCAACGCAGUCAGAGUACGCAACGUUUUCAAAACGCACUGAAUGCGUCGGCUAACUCCACAACGCCAGGUGGCGCUGUUGCUGACACUGCAGCGGCCUCAACAUCCGGCGCACCAAACGCGGCUGCUACAGGUAAUAACAACGGCGCCGCUACUACAACAACCACUGCUCCUUACGUCCAUGAUACGAAUAAAGAUUACGAAGCGCUCGAAGAGGCUGGCGCUGUGGGCGGCAUGUCACUGCAAAGCGAACUGCGACGCUGCAGUUCCAAAGAGAAUUUACUCAGCGCUCAGCGUUCCUCCAACAAUUUGGAUGCGUUAGAACAGCUAGUUAGCAGCGUUGGUAUACAUGGCGCAAAUGCUAAUGCAACAGUGGCCGAUAACAUGACAGCUAAUGAACGCGCGUCCGAAACCGAUAGCAACUUAACUGCCAGCGCCACGGUUGAUGCUGCAGCCGCAGUGGGCGUGACCACUGCUAACUUAGAUGGCACUGUCGGUAAUGUUGGUGCACACGAGCAUGCGGUGGAGGAGCGCGCCGAAGAAGGGGACGAUGUGGACGACGAUGACGAUGAUGAUGAUGACGACGACGAUGAUAAUGACGAUCUUGAAGACAAUGACAAUUUGGAUCAUUUGUUGCUAUUGCAACAACAACAUGACUUGUUGCGUUUACGCUAUCAGCAGUUGAGUCAACCUUUAUCGGCAAAUUUCGGUCCACUCUCGUCGACAUCAACGUCCACACAAUUUGAUUCGCUGCAGUCGAUACCAUCCAUCGAACGUAAGGAUUGUGAAUAUCUGAAGUUAGUGCAACAGUUUCGUACUUCACUCGUUUUGCCACAAUCCUUCUUCCAACCGCUAACCGAUCCCAUUUGCUUUUGCGCGCACUGCAAUGCUUUCACAUCGGAAAAGCUACACGGUUGGGUCUAUUUCAAGUUGAAUCAGCAAACGGUCAACUCGGCCGCCGCGCAGCAUUCGCUCGACACCGGCGAGUGGCUGCCGCUCUACUACAUGACGCGUGUCGACAAAAUCCGCGCCAUACUGGAUCAUGGUCAACCACUGCCGUUGGAGUCAAGCUGCGAAUCGCACACCAGCCUCAGCAAUCAGAAGGAUGAGCCCGGCACGCGCCUGGAAUUGCACUUCUCACCGAACGCUGCCGGUAUUGUGUCAAUGAACAGUCAACAUAAAUACAAUGUCAACUCGCAUUCGUAUCGUAUCGGCACCGCUUUCGAGGUGUACGUGCGUCGGCAAUCGCUCUGCCUGACGAAUAGCAGCAAAAUGAAUGUGAAUGCCGCGGUGGGGGCCUCAUCGAGCGCUGCAGCGGCCGCGCUUAGCUUAUUGGAGCGCCGUUCGUCGGCGGACUUGUUGCAUCCGCAUGAAUCGAGCAGCGGUUUAACGCUCGAACAGAGCAGCAGCAGCAGCGGUGGCGCCGGCAGCUUGAGUGCGGGCUCAGCGUCGAGCGCAUCGCUCAAAGACAUGACGUGGUUUACGAAGGAGGCAGGCGCUUGUGUCAUAACAGCGCUAAUACUGAAAUUGGAGAAAAUAACGCCUUCAAAGAAUGCUGGCGGAGGGCUCAGUCUCGCUUUAGAUGGCAACUAAGCGCAUGCGUAUGCAGCAAAUGAAAAAUACGACUAAUUUCUCGUUGAGUAGGUGGUUUGUGGCAGCAUGGAGAAAUAGGCUAUAUGGCUACGCUUCAAUUAGCAUUGCUAGUCUCUUUUUCUUAUAUAUAUUUUUUUCAUUAUAAGAUUACUAUUCCAAAAAGAAAUGAUAUAUAUAUUUUGCACUUUUGCAUACAAUUUUAUAUAUACAAGCUUAUAUAACGUUAUAAAUUAUUGAAAUGUAAUGCAAAAUUAUUUAGUUUUGUAGUUGAACUGCUGGCCCAUAAGGAGUCCAUAUUCCACCUUCUUCAUCCAUUAUUUAUUUAUACAUUAACAUUAGUUUACUGCACUGAUAAGCACUUAGUAAUUCCCUAAAAAACGAUGAAAAUUGCUGAAAUUUCAAGUUAUAAAAAAUACACGUUUAAUGUCAGCUGUAAGCUAAGCAUGGUUUAAAAAGCUCUGCUACUUGAAAGCUUCUCAGAAUAUAUAUAAAAUAUAUUGCAAUAAGAAGCUUUGGAUGCUUAGAAAUGUUAUGAAAAUGCUUGCGAAAUUUACUACAAAUAAGUGAUUGGCAUUAUUUGAAGCUUUUUCCAAAAUUUUGAAAUCUAUUUUCGAAAGCUAUGAGGUCUAGAAGGCCUUAAAUUUUUGGAAAGUAAAAAAAAUACUUACGAAUUUUAUGUAAAAUUGUUAAUGAUAUUCCUUGAAGCUUUUUCCAAAACUAUGAAGUCUAUUGAGUUUUUUCCAAAACUAUGAGAUCUAGAAAGCUUAAUAUUUUUAUAAAAUAUAGUGAAAGUACUUGCAAAAUUUACAAAAAAAAUUAUGAGAUAUACUUUGAAGCUUUUCGAAAACUAUGAAGUCCAAUGAGCUUUUUUCAACACUAUGGUCUAGAAAGCUAAAAAUUCUUGGAAAAUAUAAAGAAAUUUAUGAUAAAAUGUUAGUGAUAUACUUUGAAGCUUUUCGAAAACUGUGAAGUCCAUCGAGCUUUUUCCAAAACUAUGAGAUCUAGACAGCUAAAAUUCAAAAACUUCUCAGGAUUUUUAUUCUAUAACUUAAUAAUGAAAAGCUAUUCACAAUCAAUUGCUAAAGCUGUUAAGACAUGCUGAGAUAUUGAAUUUAAAUUUAAAAGUGGAAUGCAUAAACUUACGAAUUGCAGCAACUCGUAUAAAAAUAGUGUUUUUUUUAUUAAACCAGAGCAUUCGUGAACAAAAGUUGAUAACUAAACUUGCCAACGCUUUUUAUCAUAAACUUUUGCUAAGUAAUUUUUUGUCAAAAGCUCAUGCAUUAAAGCUCUAGCUACAAGCUUUUCUGUGAAAACUGCAUGAAAAAUUGUAAUGAUUUAAGAUUGCUUCUAGUUUAGCUUAGUCUUCUUGAAUGAGCUUUGUGUCACUCAAAACCGGAUCUCUUCUUAACUCUAUGAAAGCUGUAAAGAAUUGCUGCAGCUUAAGUUUUGCACAUAAAUAUUUGUGUUUUAUUUUGUUGUCAGGUAAAACGUACCAAAUGUUUAGCGAGUUUCGAUAUUGAAAGCUUUAAGCUUCCAUACUAAAAAAAACCUGCAAUAACUUCUAAGCGUGUGUAAAUUUUAUAAAAGUAUAGAUGACUCGUUUUAAAUACUUAACAUUUGAUUUUAAAAUUUGCCUAACAAAUGCUUGCCAUACAAGCUUCGAGCUUUGAGCUUUCACCCGAAAUCAACAUAACUUGCAUGGAGCUUAUUUUAAAUGGAAUUGAUUAAAAAAAAUUUAGUAAAUCAAAACUUUUAAAGAAACUAAAAUAUUUACUGUAAAAUCAUAACUAACCUACUUUGUAAAAAAAAUAUAAUAAAAAUGUUAUUCCAAAAUUAUUUUUUUUCGGAAAAUAAAAUUCAAUCAAACUGUUUGAAAGCAAAUUCAUUAAUAAUAAAUAAAAUGAAACACUAACUCCUAUUAGGAAAUCUAACCUAAAACAGUUGUUAUGAAAAACACAAAACAAAAAUUGAUUUUCAAAACUAUUUUCUAAAAACCAUUUAACUUGAAAAUUGCUAUUUUUAAUUGAGACCAAAUAUUAUAUUAUAAAUGAAAUUCAGCUAACAAGCAGCACUGAGUAAAUUCAUAUACAUAUGUACAUACAUGUAUAUGUAUAUGUAUGGAAAUUUGAAAUUCUUACAUUCUAAGUCUAAUUCUACGAUUUUGUAUGUAAUUCUAAUUAUUGAAAUUAAUUGAUUUCGAAAAAUUGAACAAUUGAUACAUUUUAUUGUAUAUAUAGUAUAUAUACAGGCAUGCCGACAUAUUUACAUAUGCACAGUACUCUAACGACACACACACACUUACAUUUACGUAUGUGAAAGCUUGGAGAAAUUGUAAUUCGAUAAUUGUUCAUCGAUGGCUAAGCAAAUCAAAUUAAAAUUAUAUACGAGUACUACACACACACAUACACAUACAAAUGGAAUUUGAUUAGAAGAGAUUAUAAUUUCGCAAAUAAAUAAUUAAUGUUAUGAUUACAUAAUUGUGCACAAAA